AAACUCUACCUAGGAAUGAGCUGAGGGAUGCUGAAUUUCAGGAAUCUCAUUGUCUUCUGAGGGAAGUCAAGAGGUUGUGAAAACUGGGCUUUGUUUUUCUUUGCUGUUCAAUGUUGUCUUGAUGUCAUGGCAGCCUUGGCUUCCCUGAUCACUGCUUUCUGCAAACAUUGCCUGCCUCUAGGCUGGGAUGGGCCAGCGAGCGCCAGUGGGGGUGGUGUGUGUUCUCAUGCGGACCGUUGUCUGUUAGAAGCAGGACCAAGAUUCUAACACCGGUAUUUCCAGGAGGCCCCUUCCAGGCUUUAGCUGCAGAUGGUGAUAACUUUCAGUCAUCGCUGCCCUAGAUUGGAUUUGGACUGGCAGCCUCAAGGGACCUCCCCCCUCGCUUUCAGCUGCAGCAGUGGGAUUCGAUCAAUGAAAUGGAUGAAUUUUUCAGCCCUAUCCACACCUACCAGGUCUGUAAUGUCAUGACCCCAAACCAGAACAACUGGCUGCGCAGCAAUUGGGUCCAGCGGGAUGGUGCCCGUCGGGUUUAUGCUGAGAUCAAGUUCACCCUGCGGGACUGUAACAGUAUGCCAGGGGUGCUGGGCACCUGCAAGGAGACGUUCAAUCUCUACUACCUGGAGUCCGACCGAGACCUGGGCACUAGCACCCGGGAGAGCCAGUUUGUGAAGAUCGAUACCAUAGCAGCCGACGAGAGCUUCACCAGCGUAGACCUGGGGGUCAGGCGGCUCAAGCUGAACACCGAGGUGCGGGGCGUGGGACCCCUGAGCAAGCGGGGCUUUUACUUGGCUUUCCAGGACAUAGGGGCCUGCAUUGCCAUUGUCUCUGUCCGGGUAUACUACAAGAAGUGCCCCGCGAUGGUCAGGAACUUGGCGUCCUUCUCCGAGGCGGUGACCGGGGCGGACUCUUCCUCCUUGGUGGAGGUGCGGGGUGAGUGUGUGAGGCACUCUCAGGAGAGAGACACCCCCAAAAUGUACUGCAGUGCGGAGGGGGAAUGGCUGGUGCCCAUUGGGAAAUGUGUGUGCAGCGCCGGCUACCAAGAGCAGAGGGAUUCCUGUGUGGCGUGUGAGCUGGGAUUUUACAAGUCAGCCCCUGGUGACCAGCUGUGUGCCAAGUGCCCCCUGCACAGCUACUCAGAGAGCAGGGCUGCACAGGUGUGCCUCUGUGACAGCAGCUACUACCGGGCAGCACAAGAUCCCCCAUCUGCAGCCUGCACACGGCCCCCCUCUGCUCCUGUGAACCUGGUCUCCAGUGUGAAUGGCACCUCGGUGACACUGGAGUGGACUCCACCCCUGGACAAGGGGGGGCGCACUGAUAUCACAUACAACGUGGUCUGCAGGCACUGCACGUGGGACCUGGGCCAGUGCGAGGCGUGCGGCAGUGGGAUCCGCUUUGUUCCCCAGCAGAUGAGCCUGGGGCAGGCUGCCCUCACCGUGGCCAACCUCAUGGCCCACAUGAAUUACUCCUUCUGGGUGGAGGCUGUCAACGGCGUGUCCCACCUCAGCCUGGAGCCCAAGAGAUUUGCUGUUGUCAACAUCACCACGAACCAGGCAGCCCCAUCCCAGGUGAUGGUGCUUCGCCAGGAGAACACGGGUCAGAACAGCGUCACGCUGCUGUGGCAUGAGCCAGACCAACCCAAUGGCAUCAUCCUGGAGUACGAAGUCAAGUACUACGAGAAGGACAAGGAAAUGCAGAGUUACUCCACGCUAAAAUCCAAAGGCACAAGUGCAACUGUCUCUGGGCUCAAGCCUGCAACCCGCUAUAUCUUCCAGGUUCGGGCCCGGACCUCUGCUGGCUGUGGGAGGUUCAGCCAGAUGGUGGAGGUGGAGACCGGGAAAGCAAUAGCUCUCAGAUAUGACACCAUGACGAUCAUCUGGAUCUGCCUGACCCUGAUAACUGGCCUUGUAAUCCUGCUGGUGGUUCUGAUCUGCAAGAAGAGGCACUGUGGUUACAGCAAGGCUUUCCAGGACUCAGAUGAGGAGAAGAUGCACUAUCAGAAUGGCCAGGUGAAGUUCCCCACGUCAAAGUUCUACGUGGACCCUCACACGUACGAGGACCCCUGCCAAGCCGUGCACGAGUUCACACGAGAGAUAGAGGCGUCCAGGAUUAAAAUUGAGAAAGUCAUUGGAUCCGGAGAAUCUGGGGAGGUGUGUUAUGGCCACCUGAAAGUGCCAGGGAAGAGGGAGCUUCCCGUGGCCAUCAAGGCUUUGAAAGCAGGUUACACGGAGAAGCAGAGACGGGACUUCCUGAGCGAGGCCAGCAUCAUGGCGCAGUUCGACCACCCCAACAUUAUCCACCUGGAGGGCAUAGUCGCCAGGAGCAAAUUGGUAAUGAUUGUAACCGAAUACAUGGAGAACGGCUCACUAGAUUCCUUUCUCCGGAAACAUGAUGGGCAGUUCACCAUCAUCCAGCUGGUGGGCAUGCUGAGGGGCAUUGGUGCUGGCAUGAGAUACCUCUCUGAUUUGGGCUACGUGCACCGGGACCUGGCUGCCCGUAACGUUCUUGUUAACAGCAACUUGGUCUGCAAGGUGUCUGACUUCGGCCUGUCGAGAAUCCUUGAGGAUGAUCCGUAUGCUGCGUAUACCACCACGGGGGGGAAGAUCCCCAUCCGCUGGACGGCCCCCGAGGCCAUCGCGUAUCGCACGUUCUCCUCAGCCAGCGACGUGUGGAGCUACGGUGUCGUCAUGUGGGAGGUGUUGGCCUACGGGGAGCGGCCCUACUGGAACAUGACCAACAGGGAUGUCAUUAACUCAGUGGAGGAGGGCUACCGCCUGCCUGCCCCCAUGGGCUGCCCUACAGCCCUGCACCAGCUCAUGCUGGACUGCUGGCAGAAGGAUCACAGCGAGCGGCCACGCUUCUCCCAGAUCGUCAGCAUCCUGGACAAGCUCAUCCGCAAUCCUGAGAAUCUCAAGUGCACAGCCACUGUGAACCGGUUCACCCAAACUCCCUUUGACAGAGGCUUCUUUGAUUUCACAAGCUGUUUUACCGUGGAGGACUGGCUGGAGUCCAUCAAACUGGGGCGGUAUCGGGAGAACUUCGCUGUGGCUGGGUAUUCCUCGCUGGGGAUGGUGAUGCGGAUGAACAUCGAUGACAUCCGGAGCCUGGGGAUCACCCUCAUGGGGCACCAGAAGAAGAUCCUGAGCAGCAUCCAGAUCAUGAGGUCUCAGCUGCUGAACACCAGUGUCCCCAGGCGGCACCUUUAAUCACCAGCUCCCCAGACCCAGCAGCUGGCGUUCCAAAAGCACUGAUCCUGGCAGAGUGGCAGGCAAAGCCAGCGGGAGAAGCGCCGAGCCAGAACCUCAAGCCUCUGUGGCUUUCCAUUGCCUUGCUGGGAUUUGCGCUCCCAAGGGAAAGUGAGGAAGAGCUUUCCAGGUACAUUGCUGAAUCUGCUGGCUUCUUCCUCCGGCUGAGGGUAGGAUCAGCCUCCAGAGCAGGGCAGGCCACUUCAUUUUCCAUCCUGUGUCCCUGCUGGGCCGGGGCUCCUAGCAUGGCCUAGCUAGGCGCUGUGCAAUAGAAGGGGGCAGCACUACCGACUUGCCCCAGCAAGGGGCGCGCCACUCAGGCUGGGUCCUGCAAAGGGUGUUGCACUGACUGACAGCGAUGGCAGGAGCAGCCGGGCAAGUCUCUUCCAUGUGCUCCUGCUGACUGUGUCUGAGCUGCUGUUGUACUGCCUGGAGGCUUAGCUGGAUCUCUGAGCCUUGCAAGGUCCCCACGCCAUUGCAUGGCAGAGACAGCAAAGUGCCUGCUCUACCCAGGACCUCCAGACCGGCCCCUCCACGAAGCUACCAGGGUCAUUGCCACUGCUCUCAAGAGAGUCACUGGAAAACCGAACAGUCUUGAACCUCCUGCAGUAGUUUCUGUUGGUGCUGUGAGCGGACGAGACUUCCUUGGAGAGGGGCCCAGAAGCACUGGCGCAUGCUCAGGGAGAUGUGAGAAGUCCUGUCAAAGGAGAACCUGGAACCAGCUAGGAAGUCACCACUUCCUGAAUGCACCAGCACUGAACCUAGCACAGGCAGGCCAGGGUCAAGGGGGGAGCAUGUGUCUUUGGGCUACACGCUCAGAUUUCCUCCCCAAACCCCAACAGAGCAGAGCCAGCAGGCUUGUGCCGCACGAGGGGCUGCACCCCCUCUCACGGUCCUGUCAUGUCUUCUGAGGGGGGUUUACUGAACUCUCACGUUGCCUAAAAACAACCAGGGGCUGCCGGCAGCCAGUCUGCCUUGCUGUGCUAACAGUGCCUGGCCAAGCCUCCCCUGGAGACAGUCACCAGCGGCACCGCUCCCAGCAGCACACCAAGCUGCGAUGCCCCUGCCCAAGGCUCUGCUCAGCUGUCAGAUCCUGCCUGCCCCGCAGGUGAGGGCUUCUCCAGGCCAUCCGGACAGGAGCUGCGCCAGCUCCCUGCCUGCACCCCCUGCUGGCGAGCGUGCCCCUGGAAAGCAGCAGGCCAGUGCACUGAGGUGCUUGGACACGUCGAGCUGCCCCGAGGAGAGACGUGCUUGAAGCGGAGGGACUGGCGCAGACUGGAGAGGAAAACCGGCCUCUUGCUCCCCUUUGUAAAUAUGAUUUUCUACCGGGUUCAAAGCUGUUUUACUACAUCGGACUUUAGACAUGCAAAAAUGGUCUCAAAGCACAGAAAGCCCAGCCCAGGGGCUGGCAGCGCUGCCAAGCCUCUUCAAGGGGGCAUGUAACUGGAGCUCACUGGGGGACCCCAAUCCUUGGGGCAGGGGAGGCGAGCUCCUUCCAGUGCUGCUGUUACUUGUGUGUCUGGAACCCACGCUGCCGAUUUGCAGGCGAGGCCAGAGUCUGCUCUCAGCGACAGCAGAGGAAAUCCAGAGUCACUCCGUUGGUUCCAGUGGAGAUACCCUGGAUUUACAUCAGCACACGUGACAGCGGGAUUUGGCCCGAUGUCGCCUUCCAGCAGCGCCAGAUAAACUGGAGGAUGGUGGGAUGUGGGGGAAGGGGUUAAAGCCAUUUUCCAGUCUGCAAUAAUCCUGGCUAAACUGAACCCUCCUGGGCUUAGUUUAGUUUUCUAUCCAAGGCAUCUACAUGUCAAUUCUACUCUGGGACUAUGUCGUGGGCACUCUACUGCUUCCUAUGGAAGCUCUUCCGAAUGAGGGCCAGAUGCAGUAUGUGGUUCUAGUUACAUUCCACCCUCUGUGCACGCAGACCCCUCACGCGCCAAUCCUGGGGGCUAUGUACUUGGAGUUUACGCCUACGGCACGCAGGACGCCCAGGGCAGAGGGUGCUGCCUGGGCCCUACCCGCCCUGCGGCACACAGAACGCCUGGGGGAGGGCGCUGGCUGGGCCUUACCUGCCCUGCGGCACACGGGACACCCCAGGGGGAGGGUCCUGGCUGGGCUUCACCUGCCCUGCGGCACACAGAACGCCCG